AUGUCACUCAACCUAAUCUCUGGUGCUUCCCCCACUCCUCAUCACAGCUUGUUCGAGAUAGACAGAGCUGUUAUCCUUGAGUACACGUACAGUACGAGGCCAGACCUAUUAAGCGUGCCAGUCAGCGUUCAGAAGCAGGCUCAGCAGAUAUCCAACUCCUCCCUCAGCUCCCCACAUGAGGAGGAGCAGCUCGACGAGGGGUUGAUCGCCCAGGAGCUCGUGGGGGCCAAAGCAAAGGAAUCGACUGGCUGCUCCGCCCAGGGUAGCAUGGAGAUGGUGCCCUUAGCAACAUCGCCAAGUCAAAUCGCGCAGCCCCAAGGACACGGGCUUGGGUCGGCCGAAUCCCUUCAUGGAAUGAGCAUCGCCUCCGAGCCAUCCAGCCCUCACUCGUCUCUGUCGUAG